UCUAAGGUCUGCACCUUGUGACCAAAUGACAAGAUUCUUGCAUAAGGUGGCCAAGCCUUUUACAAGCGCAGCGCAACCCCAAAUCAAUCUCGCUACACAUCUUAAACCAACAAGAAUUAAUCUGAGUCUGAAAAGUUACCUCAAGUCCAAUCCAAUCAAGACCAUAUUCUUGUUCUCUGACUUGCUGAGGAAAAAGAUUUCUGCUGUAGAUAGCUACUCUCUCUUGUAUGUAAUCAAAGCUUGUACUAAGAAAUCAUUGGGAACUGAAGGGAAACAAACCCAUACCCUUGUAAUCAAACUUGGCUACGAACCCAUCAUUUUUCUUCAAACAUCGCUCAUGGAUAUGUACGCUGCAACUACAAAUAUUGCUGAUGUGCACAAGGUGUUUGACGAAAUACCCAACAAGAAUGUUGUGUGCUGGACUUCACUGAUUUCUGCGUAUGUGCGAAAUCAGAAACCAUACAGAGCCAUAGAGAUAUUCAGGCAUAUGCAAAUGGAUGGUGUAGAGCCUGAUCAGGUAACAUUCACUGUUUCCCUGUCGGCUUGUGCUGAUAUGGGAGCAUUGGAUAAAGGGGUGUGGAUUCAUGAUCUUAUAAGUCGAAAGCCAGAGUUUAGUGAGGAUUUAUCUUUAAUGAAUGCUCUGGUGAACAUGUAUGUAAAAUGUGGGGAUAUCAGAAAAGCUAUGUUAGUGUUUGAUAAUAUAAGAGUUAAGGAUAUUAGGACUUGGACAUCCAUGAUUGUUGGGCAUGCAUUACACGGCCAAGCAGAAGAAGCGCUGAGGCUGUUUUCUGCAUUGGAAGAAGAAAACAAGUCAAGAUCAAUUCAAUGCCAAGGAACUAAGGACCAAUUACUUGUUCCGAAUGAUGUUAUGUUUAUAGGGGUUCUAAUGGCUUGUUCCCAUGCGGGGAUGGUGGAAGAGGGGAAAAGAUAUUUUAGAAGUAUGAUUGAAGAGUAUGGCAUAAAGCCCAGGCUUUCUCACUUUGGGUGCAUGGUUGAUCUGUUAUGCCGUCUUGGACUGCUAAAAGAGGCAUAUAGCUUUAUUUUGGCAAUGCCAAUUCAGCCAAAUGCAGUUAUAUGGAGGACCUUACUAGGUGCCUCUGGUGUUCAUGGCAACGAAGAACUUGCUGCAGUGGCUCAGUCUAGAUUACGUGAGUUAAACGCUAGUCUAGUUGGUGAUGAUGUUGCAUUGUCUAAUAUCUAUGCUGCGAAGGGCAUGUGGGAGGAGAAAAUAAUGCUUAGACAUGAGAUGACACAAAGGAGAACUCCUGGCUGCAGUUUAGUUGAGGUGGGGAAGUUGCAUUCUUGAAUGUUAGUGCAGAAAAAGUGAUUAACAUUUGGAUUAGUUUCUUUCUCUCUUCAUAGGUACAUAAGAACAUUUGUUAGUUUGUUAGCUUUUUAUAAGUGGAUUUCUUACUUAUA